AUGUUUUCUUUGGGUAAUAGGAUGCUGGGCCAGUUUGCGCGUAUCUCGACUAAAUUCGAAAUUCUGAAAUUAUCGAUCAGACAAAACCUCCGAGGAGGGGUAAAACCUGGUAUAUUGGGCAGAAUCAGCCCAUCACCCUUAUCCGAAUGGCACGCUUUUGGAAUCAUUUCGGAUGGGAAGCAAGAGCACAUGAUGUUGGCUGGAGGAGUGGGUGACUUCACAAAGUCUUUGGUCUCGGACCCACCGAGUCACUUAUGGUUUAGGACCGUUCAUUUUGCCGGACUCCCCUAUCUCGUAAACAUGUACGAUAGGGUAUUGCUGGUGGUUACCGGCUCGGGAAUUUGCGUCUUCUUAUCAUGGCUGUUGCAGCCCUGUGCGACUCAUGUAUGCUUGCUUUGGGUGGCCAAAGGGAUUGACCAAAAUUUUGGGAAAGAGAUCACCGAGUGGGUGAGUGGGUACCCGAAAGACAGGAUGAUUGUUCAUGACACCGCAGUACUUGGACGCCCCAAUGUGUCGCAAAUGACCAUCGACACAGCAACAACUAUGGGAGCUGAGGUUGUGAUCGUUACUAGUAACCCAGCAGGGAGCAGGGUCGUUGUCAAUGCAUGCAAAGCUGUUGGGAUUGCUGCCUUUGGUCCAAUUUGGGACUCUUGA